UUGGAAGUUUCCAUGUUUUCCGUUCCUUUCUCUACUACCCGGUUCGGAGUAUAUCAUUUCAUAGCAGUCUCUCUCACUCUCUCCUUUGCACACAGGUUUCCAUUUCUUGCUUACAUGAUAUGCAUGCAAGAUUAAUCUUCGGCUAUAGCGGGUUUCGGAAAUAAUAAUAUCCCCGAUUUUCCUUGACAGUCGGGGUCCUGUAAAUUGAGUUCCUGAAAAAUUCUGCCAUUUGUUAAUUCGGAUAGAUGAUUAGCCUUCCUACUAAACAUUGAAAGACAACAGCCUCUUCCUUGCAUCUGGUCCAAUCUAAACUUAUAGGAGGACGAGAUAUUCGUUACGCAAUAAGAAUCACUAUACUGGACAUGAUGCAAUUGUCUUGAAUAUUGAUUAAAUAUCUUCCCCGAAACCUACAACGUAAUUCUAUCAACGUAAACGUGACCGUAAGCUAUGCAGCUAUAGCUAAACAGUCAUCGCUCCCGUUUGCGGAUGAGCUCAUGGCUAAAAAUGCUGAGGAAGCCAGCCGAUCUGGAGAUUCUCACCAGUCCUUCCUCCAAGAAGGGGGUCAAGGGGCAUCUUCCUCAACAUCCUCGGAGGAAACGGGUCGUGGAGAGUACUUGAUUGAUGAUGACGUCUUAGUUUUUGCAAAUACGGCCGUCUUAGAUGGUCCGUUAUCAAAUAGUACGACAUCCUCGUCCGAGGUUGACGAUCAUGACGAUCAUCAAGACCAAUCCUCGACUAAUUUUCAACAUCCGUCAUCAUCGUCACCACCACUUCCACCGGGGUCGCCUUCAUGCUCGUCUUCUGACGUCGUCCCAAUGACCAUUGACACCUGCGAGGAUUUGUGGACACGGUUGCAUGAUAUCCAGAUAAAUGGAUGUAUUCUAGAGUACGUUGGUAGAGGAAAAAGCAUAUACGAUAAUGGCUUAGCCCAGUCCUGCACACCGUUGACCCCAAUGAACCACUACUACGAAGUGACCAUUAUUCACCCAGGGGAAAGCUGUUACAUUGCCAUUGGACUGGCAAGAAAAGAUUAUCCAUCCCACAAACACCCAGGAUGGAAUCGAGGGUCAAUUGCGUAUCAUGCGGAUGAUGGGAAAAUAUUUAUCGGGAGUGGCAUUGGUACUCCAUUUGGACCAAAAUGUCAUUCUAAUGAUGUACUGGGUUGUGGAAUCGUGUUCCCGUCCCAUCUACACAACUCUCGUCCUAAUCUAGCAAAAGAUCAACCAGAGGAGGUGACAGAGGAAGAAUCAGCGUCGUCCGAGUGGCCUUGGGAAAAGAAUGCAAUAGCUAAAAGUAGUUUUCCUAGAUCCGAAAGUCCGAGUGGGGGUUACAUGGACAAUAUUUUAGAAGCAAGCAGCGAGAGUGAGGAUGACAUUUGGUGGAAUAACAAGAAUCAAGUGUACGAAGAUAAAGUUCAGGUAUUUUUUAUGCGCAACUGUAAACUGCUCGGGAUGAAGGAGAUUCGAAUACCAAAAGGUGGUUUCUAUCCAACAAUCGGGAUGAUGAGUCGAAAUGAAAAACUAAUGAUUGACAUGAACCCACUCACUGGUUGAAGUAAUUUAUGUAUACAUAAAUAUCUAGUGUAGAGUACAACUGAUGGACUUGAGAUGGUGACAAAGUUGAUUAAUACUGAUGAUACCGCCAUAUACGUUUUAUACCGGUUUUGAUGUACGAUAAGUUAAUUAGUAAGUAUGCGAUAAGUAAAUAUAAGUUAUGGUAAUAUAUUUAGCAGACGUAGCACGUGCCUAUGCACAACGAAGAAUAACGACGCUAAUAAUGUAAAACGUUCCUUGGAGAUGUACUUAACUAUGCAAACUCUGCUUUAUUAUAAUAGCUUUCCAAGUGUCAUAAAUCAGUAUAAGACAAUGAGAGUGGUGGAAUAAUGACAUUUGAAAUACUUGUCUUAUUGACAAUAAGUUCUGUGAUAAUAAAUUGUGAUGCUUUUGAAUCGAAAUAAUUAAA